AUGUCUCCUUCUCCAGGCACAUUCACUUUACUACAUGACACAUCCAAGUCUCAAAUUCCGGUACAUAUUUCUCCACAACCCAUCUUACAGGCUUCAUCAAAUCCAUACAUUUCCUCUAUUUCCUCACCACGUUACCAAGUUCCUAUGUCUACCCCACUACUCUCCCAGUCCAUUAAUACUCCUUGUCCACCCACCUCCCAAUCUCAAUCUCCAACCACAGUACACGCUGAUACUUUUCCAGCAAAUUCCCAACCGUUAAUACCCAAUACCUCUUCUCUUACUCCUCCCUUGACCCAAGGUUCUUCUGCUGGGCCAUCUAUUAACCUUCAUCCCAUGGUGACUCGAUCCAAAGUCGGCACG